AUGGCAGCAGCUACCUUGUGUAGAUUCUUGAAUAUCCCUGCAGCCUUCUCACUCUUUCUGCUUGCGUCUUUAGCGUCUCCACUCUCAUUUGAUCUGCAAAACAUCACUCCUAAGGAUACAAACGUGAACAUAAAUGUGGAAGGAGAUGCAUAUAUCACAGAGCAGGGGAUCCAAGUCACCCCAUAUGAACGCAACCAGGUCUUGAAUGGCAAAACCGGCCGGGCAAAGUAUGUUGAAUCCUUUCACCUAUGGGACAAGGGUACCGGAGAUUUGGCUGAUUUUAACACAAGUUUCACUUUCAAUAUCGACUCAGAUGGUGACAGUAGCUUUGCUGAUGGGUUGGCCUUUUUCCUGGCGAAUUUUUCAACCCCAUUCGAUAAAACUGGCACUGGUGGAGGCGGCCUUGGGCUCAUGAAUCCCAGUUUAGUAACACCCCCAGAUCCUUUUGUGGCUGUGCUGUUCGAUACGUACUCGAACGGUGAGAAGACCUCGAUGACAAAUGUAAGUAUCAACGUUAAUUCUACGCUGGAGUGGUUUAAUAUCACAGCAUGGUUCAACAACGUUACUCAGGGACAGGAUAACAAUGCUUCCAUUACUUAUAAUGCUACUUCCAAGGUUCUUGGAGUUGUUUUUACAGGAUUCUGGGAUAACCAGUAUCUGACAGGCAGCCUUAGCUUUAAGGUUGAUCUGAGGAAAUACUUGCCUGAGUUCAUUAGCAUUGGCUUCUCAGCUGCAACAGGAUUGUACUUUGAGAAAAACACUGUCAGCUCGUGGCGGUUCAAUUCUACUUCACUGAGGACGGAUAGUGCUUCUCCCCCGUGGCUCCCGCCUUCUCCAGACGACCCAAGUCCUCCCCAAGAAGAAAAGAACAAGAAGAAAGGAUCAUCAAAAGGAGGAUUGAUAGGAUUGAGUAUUGGUGUUCCAGUUUUAGUUGCUCUGUUGGCUCUAGGCAUCUGUACUUUUCUUAAGAUUAAGAAUAUGUGGGCAGAGAAAAGAAAUGAGAUUGUUCUUGGUAAGGCCAUGGAUAGUGAGCUUGAAAAGAGUGGCAGUGGGCCUAAAAAGUUGCCAUACAGUGACUUGGCUGCUGCAACUAACAACUUUGCAGAGGAGCAGAAGGUUGGAGAAGGGGGGUUUGGAGUGGUUUAUAGAGGUUUCUUAAGGAGCCUAAACAUGGAUGUGGCUGUCAAGAGAGUCUCAAGUGGGUCUGGGAUGAAGGAAUAUGCAUCAGAAGUGAAGACGAUCAGCCGAUUGAGACAUAGAAACUUGGUGCCACUUCACGGUUGGUGUCACGAGAAAGGGGAGCUUCUGCUUGUUUUUGAAUACAUGCCACAAGGAAACUUAGACUCCCAUCUCUUCAAGACAAAGUCACCUUUGAAUUGGGGGGUCAGGUAUAGAAUUGCACAAGAUUUGGCUUCAGCUCUGUCCUAUCUGCAUGAACAUUGGGACCAAUGUGUAUUGCAUAGGGACAUUAAGUCCAGUAAUGUCCUGUUGGAUAAGGACUUCAAUGCUAGACUAGCUGAUUUUGGGUUAGCCUCGCUUGUUGACCAUGGAAACGCACCCGAAAAAACCAUAACCGGGGGAACACCAGGGUACGUAGCCCCAGAAUGCAAUUUCACAUUUAAGACUAGUAAAGAGUCAGAUGUGUAUAGUUUUGGAAUUGUUGUUUUAGAAAUUGCAUGUGGACGAAGAGCCAUUCUUGUCAAUGAACCAGAAGGUGUGAAAAGCUUGGUGGAAUGGGUUUGGGAUCUGUAUGGAAUGGGAAAGCUACUUCAAGGCGCAGAUCCUAAGCUAGGCAGAAACUUUGAUGAGGAAGAAAUGGAGCGAUUAAUGAUGAUCGGGUUGUGGUGUGCUCACCCUGACAGUAAUUGUCGACCAAAAAUAAGCCAUGCUUUAAAUUGUCUUAAAUUCCAAGUGCAACUGCCCUCCCUUCCACCAGAGAUGCCUAAGCCAUUUUACUCAACUUCUUUUAAUGUUUCAAGUUCCAUUAGGCAGAUAUUUGAGGGCAAUACAAGUUCCAGCAACAGCAGUUUCCCCACACGUUCUUCAUCAUCUGCCUCACAUUGA